CCUCCAGUGAGUACCAGCACCACGCACCGUGGACGUAAAAAACACCUCGAUGAGACUACGGAAUGAUCUCGAGUGCUCCAGGUAAAAAAAAAAAAAAAUAAAAAUAAAAUAAACGUAAUUUUUGUCGUUCUUAUUAUCAGUACCUAUAACGUGCUGCACGGUUUUUCAAUAUCCGCGAAUGGUUGAAACAUUUUUUUUUUUUUCAACAAAAAUUUCAAUUCAUAACACUAUCGUUCAUUAUAAUAAUAUACGCGAUGCGAUGUUUAUCGGUCUAGAUGUUUUUUUUGUUUUUAUUUGAUGUCAAAAAAAAAAAAAAAACAAAUUCAUCGAAUAAACACAUCACUCGUCAGCGGCGAUGUUUAGUGUUUACGUAAACCUACUUAAUAAUAAUAACUGUACGAUAACUGAUGUUACUGUAUGAUCAAAAAGAUUCGAUAUAGUAUUUUUGCACAGCCAUGCACAAAAUAUUACACCGUCUGACUGUGCACACCAUUUUAUUCAGUUAUUUAUACGCACAAAAAGCGGACAGAGUGAUUAUACAUUGCUAAAACGAUUAAGGCUCGGCAUGGAACAGUUUUUGCCGAAUUUUUACCGAAAUUUGUAAACUCAAUAACACAGAAAAUAAAAUACAUUUUUUCGUAAAAAAAAAAAAAAAAAUAUAGUGGUAGUAUAACGCCGACUGGUGGAAUAAGGCAUGGGAUGUCACAUCAUUUCAGAACGAAUAUCAUCAAUAAUUUGGGCAAAUUAUUAUAAUAAAAUAAAUUUCAAAUUCCAACAGAGGUACUACGCACAAUGGUAGCCUGAGCGGGCCGGGCCACUGUCGUAAGUUGGGGUAAAAUGAUGUACUAGUGAUGUAGGUAAUGACAAAUCAAUGCAAACGAAAAACGACUAUAUGAAGCAUGUUCGGUUCAACAUGUUUCGACAAAUUUGAAUUUAAAAUCGUAUAUUAUUUUGUAACUAGACAAUAAAUUACGAUUUUUUUGUGUCUUUAACGUAUUUUCACAUAAAAUAUUGAUAAAAAGGUAGCUAUACUGUCGUCCACAUGAAAAAAAAAACAAAACGAAUUUCGGAUAUUUUUAAACUAACACUACGUCUAGAAAAUGCUAAAUAAUUAUUUAAAGUAAUGGAAAAUAAUCGAUGAUAGAAUUUUAUAAACAAAUUAUUCUAUAUAUUAUCGGAUAAUUAUAACUUUGUUACUAAAAAUUUAUAUUCGUUUUAAAUAAAUGUGUCAAUUGCGGCAAAUUCGUACAGAUCGGGACGAAAAAUAAUUCGUCGGGAAUUAGGUGCUGUAUACUGCAGGGUCGGCGUUAGGGUAGGGCAAGCGGGGCUUACGUCCAGGGCCUCGCGCUUUCAGAGGCCUCGCGCUUGUGAGCCCAUACAAAAGCAUAGCGUAAUUAUAAUGGGCGUAAAACUGGAAAAAUAUUUUUUUAUAGAAAUGUAACGACGUUUUCGGGAAAUACACGUACACAUACACGCACGUUGUCUUAUCAAACAGUAUUUCCGGCCGUGGCCAAGUGUUGGGUAGCAUUACGAUUAUUAGAUUAUUAAAAAAAAAAAUUCUCGCAAAAAUAUAAAUUUAUCCAGGGCCUCGCGAAUCGUUUAACGCCGGCCCUGCUGUGUAAUCCCAGCACCCCCGCAGCCAGUCCGCGCCUGCCUAUACACGCGUGUUUAUAUGUACGCAUUGUUCUAAUUCCAGGGCCACGAUAUCUGUAAAUAAUAUAUGUAUCGGUGAACAGUCCGUCAAUAUAUUGUAUACAUUUAUUAUAGACGGAAAAUCGAUUUACCAUAAACACAAAAUAAUAAUAACAACGAUGAUUAUAAUACGGCGGGGAUGUUCGGUUUUACUGUUUUGGGUAGAAACCUAACAUCGACUUUUAAAUUGUUCGCGGGUUAUUCGUUGGGCGGUAUUAUGUAGUGGACGAUAACGCAAUUUUUUUUUUUUUUAUAUUAAUAAUCAACGUUCAAAAGUCUCUAAUACCUAGCGUAGGUCGCUAAAUAAAUAUUAUUAUAACACAUUUUGCGCAACUACCUUUUUUGUACCGAUUUUUCGGUCAAUUUGUUUAUUAUACCGCGCGUAAUAAGUUUUUUUAAAAUUGACUUCGGCGUCACUGUCACCUAAAAAUGACGGUUUUAUAGAACUAUAUUAUUAUAAACACACCGAGCAUUAUCUCGCCAUUUUAUAUUCUCGCGGGACACGCGGCUGUGUCUAUAUGUUGUGUAUAUGCGCGAAAGUAUCGUCUGGAACCCGUCGGCGUUUGUAUUAACGAAAAAACAACAGAAUAUACGACGAUGAUUGAUGACGACGAAUAUCCGAUAAAUUAUUCACGGUUAAUAUUUCUGAGUAACUAUCCGCUGAUGUAUAAAAUUUUUAUCGAUGUUGACAUAUUGUAUUGCAAUUUUGAAGAGCUAUACAGGUACUUAACGCGAUAAUAGUAAAUAUUCGAGAUAAUAUCAAACACAUAGAUAUACAUUGUAUUGUCAAUUUCUUCUUCUCGGAAUUCGUUUAAAUAAAAUAAAACUAUCGGUGUGGUGAGUGUGCGCGCGUCAUCAUGUAUGCGAAAACUUCUCAUCGCGUAAUAUAGGUAAUAUCUAUUAUUAUAAUUUGACUAUUAGGUAUGUUAUAAUAUUUACGACCAGUAAUAAUUACGUGCGUAAUAAAAUAAAAUAUAGGAUUAGGUAUAUACCGUCCCAUAAAUUAUUGGUUUUCGGAUCGACCGUGUAUUUUAAAAAUUCAAAAAUCCGAACCCAAACGGGUUAUUAUAUUGGCGUGUCUAUUUUCUAUAUUAUACUCGUAUGGAUACAUAAUAGGUAAGCAAUGUUGAUUUCUGCGGAACGUUAAAAAAUUAAAAUAUGCGUCGUGGUUAUGGUAAAAAAAAAUUUUCCGAAGAAAUAUUAUGUACUCGUUUUGCGUAUACGUUUUUACAAGCUCUAUGAGAUGUACACGGGGUUUUUUUUUAUCCUGUGAUAAAAUAUCGAACAGAUAAUUAACCGAUUAGGCACAUACAGUUUCCCAUUUACGUUUCGGUUCCUCAUAUUAAUACACGAACUGCAAUACCUAUGCCGACUUUUCCGACAGACAACACAUUCAUAGGCGCAACUAGGGCGUGAACCCCCGUACACGGAUAAUAUACACAGAUUUUUAUCGAAUUCCCAUGCCUUUUGGAAAAUCAGUCUUAAGUUGAAAAUUUGAUCUAUGGUUGACCUAUUCUGCAGUCUAAAGCCGCAUUGGUAAUCCUCCAGUAGCUCUUAUGUGCGAGGUUUGAUCCUGUCUAGAAUGCAGUACGCCAACAUCUUGUUGCUGGUCGGGUAGCUGACGUUCAACAGCGCAAUACCUCUGUAGUUGCAGUCAUGCAGAUCUCCUUUUUUGUAUAUUGGGCAAAUUAGUGGUGAAUUCCAAUCCUGUGGUGUUAUCUCAUCUUCCCAUAUGUGCUCUAUUAGCUUAUGUGUGUUCGCGAUUGUUUCUGUAUUUAGUGUUUUCAUAAUCUCACUCUGAAUCCCAUCUAAUCCAGCUGAUUUAUUGUACUUCGUAAAACCGAAUUAAAAAUCGUAAAACUCAACAAGAUUUAAAAACUUGUUAAACCAAACUUCGCUCAGAAUCGUAUUUCGACAUUAAUUAUCGUUGCCUAUAGAUAUAAAUUAAAUUACUCUACAUAUCCUAUAACUUCUCAAUUUCUCACCAACAACAGUGACACACUCAUCAGUAUAGUAUCAGCUCUUUUUACAACUAUUAAUACAAUUUACAUACGUAUUCGCUUUUUAUUAACCCCGAGUUUUCUCUUACUUUAUUUAUGAAACCUUUUUAUGAUAAUUGAUAACCUUAAUAAUUAAUAUCGAAAAAUUGUUUGAUUUAGAAAAAGAACGCUUCAUCAAAGCAAACGAUUCGACUUACAAUGCUCAGUUCAACUAUGCGGUAAGAAUAAUAGGUUAUUUAUGGGAACGUUAUAAUAUAUUUGAUAUUAUAAUUUAUAAUACAAAUUAAUAAAUUAUACAACAUAUUAUGUUUGUAAUUUUUCGCAGACAAAUUACAUAAAAACAUCGAAAUACACCCUAUUAACGUUCCUGCCACUGAAUUUGUUCGAACAAUUUCAGCGGCUAGCCAACUUUUACUUCCUAUGCCUAAUGAUGCUGCAAAUGAUAUCAAUAAUCUCGUCGUUGACUCCCAUUACCACGUCGAUACCGUUGGUCGGAGUGCUUACGAUUUCUGCCAUAAAAGACGCCUACGACGAUUACGUACGUAUAUAAUACUAUGUAUAAACAGAUAAUAACAUUAUUAUUGUAGAUACUAAUAAUAAUUUGUUUGUCACUGUGUCGGGGUUUUGUUUUGUUAUUGCCCUCUAGCAAAGGCAUGCCAACGACGACCAGGUAAACAACCGUAUCUCGAAAACCGUGAGAAAUGGUCGUGUGGUAAACGUAAAAUGGAAAGACGUACACGUAGGAGACGUGAUAUUAAUGGAAGACGGGCAGUUCGUAGCCGCCGACGUGUUGUUACUUUCCACGAGCGAACCAAGCGGAUUGUGUUUUAUAGAAACCGCAGAACUAGACGGGUAAAAUGUUUACACUCUAUCAGAGUUGGAUUCAGCUAAUUUUUUUUCCGGAGGGGGGACUAACGUUUUUCAAAAUAAUAGUAAAAUAAACAUAACCGAAAUAUAGUGUGAUAUACACUAGUAAUCUGGCACAAUGAAGUCAAUGGCUUUAAAAAUGUUGUCUUCAAAUUCCAAGAGCUUUUUUUGUUUUUAGACGAUUAUAUUUUUUAGAUUCUGAGCGGAGUGAAAAAUAUAUUGGUUUCACAAUGAUGUUUAUUUAUUUUACACGGCGUAAAAAUAUAACAUUACUCGAAUUAAUUUUAGUUUUUGUUUUACAGUGAAACUAACCUUAAGUGUCGCCAAUGUCUAGUCGAAUUAGCAGAACUCGCUCAUGAAGUAGUGAAUUUUGACGGAUUCAUUCGUUGCGAAACCCCAAAUAAUUUGCUCAAUAAAUUUCACGGCGUUUUGCAGUGGAAUAAACAAGAGUAUGUAUACUUACUGCAGUGCACCUACCUAUGAUGUGUUCUUAUUACAAAAAAUAUAUUGUUAUUAAUGAAAUUAUACACAUUAUUUUUAGAUUGAUUUUAAAUAACGAUCAUAUUAUCUUAAGAGGCUGUGUUCUGAGAAACACGGAAUGGUGUUAUGGAAUGGUAAUUUUUGCCGGUAGGGACACGAAACUCAUGCAAAACUCUGGAAAAUCGAAAUUCAAGCGAACGAAUAUUGAUAGACUCCUCAACUUUCUCAUUGUUGGAGUAAGUAGCGAUGCGUAAUGAAAUAUAGGUUCAUUUAAAUUCCUAAAAAUAAUUUUUUUUUUUUUUACAUUUUUUUGGUCGUGGUCACUAAUUUACAGAUUGUAUUGUUUCUUUUCCUACUGUGUUUGUCUUGUAUGAUCGGAUCGGUUAUAUGGGAAUACAAAACUGGUUGGUAUUUCCAAACUUAUUUACCGUGGGAUUCUCUAGUACCGUCCGAAAGGUUGGCUGGAUCUAUAACCAUAGGGACAUUGGUGUCUUUUUCAUACGCCAUCGUUCUCAAUACACUAGUGCCAAUUUCGUUAUAUGUAAGGUAUGCAUACUUGUAUACUAUAUUACAUUAGAUUGAAAUAGAAUACAUAUUAUUUAUGUAUUCAAUAUUUAUUCAAUAAUAUCCUUUGGUAGUGUUGAAGUAGUACGUUUCGUGCAGAGUUUUUUUAUAAAUUGGGAUCAACAGAUGUACGACAUUCAGUCUGGAUCUUCGGCUAAAGCUAGAACAACGUCGCUGAACGAAGAACUCGGACAAAUCCAGUACAUAUUUUCGGACAAAACCGGAACGUUGACCAAGGUAAAUACUUUGUUUCAAUCUAGACUUUAUAAACCGUAACAAUUUCUAAUAACUCAUUACAUUUAAAUUGUUUGAUCAUUAUUCAAGAACAUCAUGACGUUCAACAAAUGUUCAAUAAACGGUAUCGUUUACGGCAAUCUAGACGAAAUUCAUUACGGAAAAUCAAACGAAAUGAUUAAGGUAUACUGCACAUUUUUAAUAACAGUGUUAAAAUGUACGAGUAUUUGUCUACACUGUUACCGUCCGAGCUUUCUGUGUUUGUAUUAUUUGUGUUCGUCCGUUAGACGUACAUCAUGGACAAACAGUCACCUUCCGCCGUCAUCAGGAGUUACAAUAACUCGCAUUACAACAAAGUAGAACAGGGCAUCAGAAGAGUAACUAUAAAUUCUACGUUGCAUUUGGUAUUGAUAUCACUACUUAGAACGCGAUAACACAAUACACAGAUUAUUUACAUAUUAUGUGAAUUUGUUUUUCCAACAGGUCGGACCUCCUCCGGUGGAUUUUUCCUGGAAUCCCCAAUACGAAUCAGAUUUUUUGUGGUACGAUCAAAAUUUAGUUGACGCUGCGAAGCAACCGCGCAACGACGAAACGGAAAAUAUGGUACUGACAUUUUUCGAAGUGUUGGCUUUAUGUCAUACGGUCAUGCCCAGUUGGAAAAACGGUGAGUGUUAUGUUCAAAACCGAUCAGUUAUCUAGUAUUGAUACUUUAUUAAAACAAUGAUUCAGGACCGAAUAUAUAUUUCUUUAAUGGUUGUUAGGGAUAUUAAAAUACCAAGCUCAAUCUCCCGACGAAUCCGCCCUUGUUUCGGCGGCCAGAAACUUUGGCGUAGUCUUCAAAGAACGAACCCCAAACAGUGUAACCGUCGAUAUCAUGGGCGAGACUAGAGUGCACGAACUUUUGUGUAUUCUCGAUUUCAACAAUAUUAGACGUCGCAUGUCUGUGGUGUUUCGGGAAAACGGGAAAAUACGACUAUACUGUAAAGGGGCCGACAGUGUUAUAUUCGACCGACUAGAACCCGGGAACGAAGAGUACAAAGCGUCGAGUUUGCAACAUUUGAAUGUGAGUAGUGUUGUAUACAUAUCAUAAGUCGAUAAACAUCAUGGUAGUGACAGCACAUUGGUAGGAAUUUGCAGGAGACGGACUUCGCACAUUAUGCUGUGCAGUCAGGGAUAUAGAUGACGAGUUUUUCGAUUCAUGGAAACACAAAUACAUGGACGCCGCUGCGGCACGGCACGACAGGGAAGAAAAGCUCAACAACGUCUAUAAUGAAAUUGAAACUCACCUGAAGCUAAUAGGUGAGAAAAACAGUUUACUAUAAUGUAUAAUAUCAUGCACGUAUACAUCCAAAAGUAGGUGUGGAACUAAACUUUUAUUUUUCGUCCGUAGGUAUCACUGCCAUCGAAGAUAAGUUACAAGAUGCUGUCCCUAAGACUAUAUCUAACUUGCUCUUGGCGGGAAUGAAUAUUUGGAUGCUCACAGGAGACAAACAAGGUACACACUAUAUAUGCAGUGAUUUUUGUGUUUUAUAACAUGCCAACGAAUAUUAUAAAUUAUAUAAUCAAACCUAUUGCCGAUCGCCGUUUUUAGAAACGGCUGUCAACAUCGGUUACUCGUGUCGUCUCUUAAGCGAUGAAAUGGAACUAUUGGUAUUGGACGGUAGCACUCAAGAUCAAGUAGAACAGCAGCUUAAUAAAUGUAAUGAUUCGAUCUUGGGCGUUUUGGAAGAACAGAGAUCGGAAAGGAACAGCAUAGCUACAAGCGUCGUACGAUUUUAGUAAGCAGACUCGACGAACAGUACCGGUUUGGCUCAUGAUUGGGUCCCCGGGAAAAUAUUUGCAAUGGGCCCUUAAACGACAAAAUAUAGGAGUCAAAUUCAAUAAUUAUCAACUAAAAAAACAAUUUUCUCUCUUCGCUCGUACUCUUCUAGAAAUGUUAAUAAUAUUAAUUAUAUUUGAUACACAAAUUACAUUGUUUUACAUUUAUUUUUUCAUUCUUUAGUGAAACCACAUGCACAUAUUAAGCAUGUCAUGUUGAUUUAUUAAAUUCGGUUAAAAUACUGUACGAGGUUUAUAUCAUAUCAAUAUUCUUAUAUACACCAUAUAUAGAUCAAGUUAAUUUAAUUGCAACAAUAUUUUAAUUAUUCGGUAAAAUUUAUUUUUUUCAACUUUAUUAACUGUAAAAAAUAAAUCAUUCAAAAAUUACACAACAUAGACUUUUUAUAAUAAUAAUUAAUUAUAACUUUAUAAGAAUUUUAAUAUCAAAUUUAAUUCUGACGAAAAUCGUCAACAAAUUAGUAAAAGAUUAUGCGAAAUUAAUCUAUAGGGACUGGUCCAUACAAAUUGUUUCAAUAAAUAUUUAUUUUAUUAUAAUAUGACAUAUAUACUGUUGAAAAAGCAAUACUAUUAACCGAUCUCCGUUCAGAAUCGUUUUUUGUAAGCAAUUUUUAAUCAUUGCGUACAGAUAUACAUUAAAUUUUCCGCUUUAACCUAUUUUCCUAACUUCUCAUCUAUAACUACAGUGGCCCACACAUCGUAUGAAAUAUGUCCGUCCUUUUUUUUUUUUUUUUAUACACAAAAAAAUUGAAAAAUAAUUAAUUAAAUUAAUUUUUGCUAUUAGCGUAAUCCUAUGGGGUCCCUAUUUAAAGAAUAAAUCUCAGGGCCCCCGGCGAUUGCCGGGUAUCCGAGUGGGCCAGACCGGCACUGUCGACAAAUAUUGGUUUGAAAUGUACAUUGGUAACAUGAUUAUAAACAAUAGCGAAUCAGAAGAUAUUCAAUUGCACGAAGACGAAGAACAUUUGUUUGCUUUAGUUAUUAACGGCCAUUCGUUGGUCCACGCUUUGCACACAGAACUGGAAAAUAAGUUCGUGGAUUUGUGUACGCAGUGUAAGCCUCGGAAUGCAUUUGUUGCGAUAUCUAUAUUAGAAAAAUAAUACCAUUUUUUAAAAAUCGUAUUUCAGGUAAAGCUGUAAUUUGCUGUCGGGUGACUCCUCUUCAGAAAGCAAUGGUAGUACAGCUCAUUAAAAAAUAUAAGAAUGCCGUGACGUUGGCCAUUGGAGACGGUGCCAACGACGUGUCGAUGAUAAAAGAAGCUCACAUAGGUAUCGGAAUUACAGGCCAAGAAGGCAAUCAAGCAACAUUAGCUUCUGAUUAUUCACUCGGGCAGUUCCGGUUUUUGGAGAGAUUACUUCUAGUACACGGCAGAUGGUCGUACUACAGAAUGUGUAAAUUUUUACGGUACUUUUUCUACAAAAACGUCGCGUUUACUCUCUGUCACAUUUGGUUCGGAUUCUUUUGCGGUUUCAGCGCUCAGGUAUGUAAUUACUAGAGACCCUCAAAUAUUUUUAAUUUUCUAAUAGUAUAUAAUCAUUACAGACAAUAUUCGAUCCCUUUUACAUAUCCGUCUAUAAUAUGUUUUAUACCGCUCUGCCGAUAUUAGCAAUCGGAAUUUUGGAUCAAGACGUCAGUGAACGUAAAAGUAUCGCAUACCCUAAACUCUACACCCCGGGAAUUCAAAAUAUGUUUUUCAACACCAAAGAAUUUUUUAAGUGUGCUGCGCUGGGAACAUAUGCUUCGCUAGUUAUAUUUUUUGUACCUUAUGGUAUUAUAUUUUUAAAUAGUUUUUGUUAAUUUUUUUGGCCGUAACAUUUUAGAUUCUAAACAUGUAUUGAAUUUACUAAGUAUUUAAAAAAAUAAAAAUAUUUUUCACUAUUCAAACAACUUUUCUACCAGAAAUCUUACUUUGAUUAUAAACUUCAGAAGUUGUUUCUUGUAGUAAAUUUUGUCAAGAUAGUGCAUUGAGAAUCCCAUUUUUUGAUAUUCAUAGGAAAAUUUACGCAUGUUUGUUUAUUGUAAUUUUAUAAUAAUCUUUAAAAAUGUUCACUUAAUACGAGUACUUAUUACCGCUUUCUAGACAUGAUACAAAUUAGCCAUUUUUGAGCUAACGUAACCUAGCCAAUUGAAACUUUAGUUUUUAGUUUUAUUUGAAUAACAUUUUUUUGGAUUUUUUUUUUAAAGCGAUUUAAAAUAUUAUAAAAUAAAGUUAAUUUUCAUCAAGUUGGUCAUCGUAUCAAGUGGCUCUAUGAUGGCUCUAUAAAAAUAUUCGUAUACGCUUACUCAAAUUUUGAUGAAAAUUACAUUAGGUGUACUUUAUUUUUUCAAAUAUCAUCUAUGUGUAUAUCUACACAUUUUAUGGUGGAAAAAAUUAAAAAACUGUGUACAACUAAGUAAGAUUUAGUGGUAAAAAAAGUUGAACGUAGUAUAAUAAUUUUUUUAUAAGCGUUUAAAGUUCAAAAUUUUAUGAAAAUUUAAAAAAUCGAGGCAUUUUAAAACAUGUUUAACCAAACUUCGUUCAGAAUAAUUAUUUGUUAGCAAUGAUUUAUCAUUGCGCCCAGAUGUAAAUUAAAUAAUAACUCUAUAAAAACAUAUCUUCUUAAUUUCUUUUUAUUCCUAGGAGCCUAUUUUUACGGUAUGACUUCAAAUGGAUUAAACGUAUUGGAUCAUAUGUAUAUGGCAGAAGUUGUUGCAAUGAUUCUCGUUUCAGCAAUGACAAUACAGGUAAAUGGAUUUUUAUCGAUACAAAUCAAAUAUGAUCAUUAGAGUAGGUAUAAUUUAUGUUUAAUAUAAACGCGUAACAUGUAGGUAGCUUUUGACACCUCUUACUGGACGACUAUAAACCACAUAGUAAUCUGGGGAUCGUUGUUAUUGUUUUUCGUAGCCGAAUGGAUUUACAAUUAUUUAAUCGGAGGAAACUAUGUAGGCUCCUUGAUGAUGGUGUGUAUUACUAAUUAACUAUAUAGGUACACUGCAUAAUGUAUAUCAUAUUAUAUUUGUUAAAUUUUCAAAGGCGAUGAAACAGCCGACAUUUUGGUUGGUAACAUUACUGGUCGUGGUCGUAAUCGUAAGUCCCGUGGUAGCUUGGCGACUGUAUUGUCUAGAGACAAGACCUACCCUUACAGACAAACUUCGUCUUAAGCAACUUAAGCAAAUGUAAGGAAAACAUAUUUUUCUAAAUCGAUUGAUCUCUGAAUUAAAUUUGACAUGAACAAAAAUGUUAAUAGGAGACAAGUAUCCGGUUCAGGAACAAGACCACCUUCUGUGAGGCACAAGCGGCGUUCGAUAAGAUCGGGGUAUGCGUUUGCUCACCAAGAAGGAUUUGGCCGGCUGAUUACAAGUGGAAAAAUCAUGAGAACACCAAGGAAUAGUGAAGCGUUCAUCAGUCGGAAGGACUCAAAUAUAUCGGACGCUACGAUAUAGCGUUGACAUUUUAUAAUUUGUAUAAAUAUAAUAAUUUGUUACCUACGAGCAGAAAAAUAUGUUAAUUUUACUGUUUAUUUAUAUUUUAAUCUUAUAUUAUGUAUGGAUAUUAUUAUAAAAAAGUUUGGUAUGUAAGCUCUCAAACUAGUCAACAUAUUAUAAUUUAUAAGUAUAUCUAUAUAUAUUAUAGGAUUACAAUUUAUACAGUUAUAUUAUUAUGUUAAUUAAAACACGGAUAUGUGAUAAAAUAUAUUAUAAUUAUACAUUUCAAUUUAUAACAGAAAAUAUAUAUUACUUAGUUUGUUGUGUAAGUAGGUAUAUAUUGUUUUCAUUGACAUUAUUAGGUAGUAGGUGUGUAAUAAUAAUAAUUGUUGCAAUAACUAUUUAAGAAAUAACUCAACUUGAGCAAAAU